AUGCCGUCGGAGAACAAGAAUGCCUCCUCAUGUACCGAGGCUAGGAGUUCCUCGACAGUUACUGGGGGCCGCACAAAGGCUCCAGUACCUGCUCAAGAUGGCUCGGCGGCUUCCCCAGCAGCAGCCGUUGUUUCAGCGGAAGGUGAUGAGCUCCUGAAACGUAUACAGUCUGCCCUAGAGGAAGAUGACAGCGUGGAUCUGCUGCUUCCAUCUUUGACGGCACUGCAAGUAAUCCCCAACACGGGUGGAAGUGGAGCAGUGCAACAGAAAGCCGGUGCAGCACAGGCCCGCGAUAGCAACGGUUCCUUCUCGAAUAUGCUGCAGACUGGAGGCUCACAGAGCAGCACAAGCAGCAGGAGCAGUAGGGAGGCAACUGUGGCUCUUGAUGAUCACAGUACGAGGUCACGUAACUUGGGGUUAGGUCUUGCUGCUUUGCACAAGAUGCAGCAGCGCAUGGUGCAGGAGCAACAGCAGCAGAAGCAGGAUACGACAACAGGAAUAGUCCAACCGAAUGAUUAUUUAGAAGGCUGUUGGCCUCAUUCCCCGAAUGCCCCCAUCACUGCUACAGGCGUAGCCAGCAGUGGUGGACCGUUGGGAAACGCCGUUUCUUCUGGAAGCAUCGAAGCUGAAGUCUCUGCACCCGUGAAUGUCGAUGCGGAGGGUGCAGCAGCCUCAGCGAAAACAGCGAAAGCAGCGAUUUCGGGACAAACACAAACGGGAGAUCAUGCGUCUUGCGUGCUCGAAGCAACGAUUGUCAGGCCUAAUGGAAGUGCUUAUGCGGAGCGACAAACGAUGAUGGCCCUGCACGUUAGUGAGUGCCAAAGGCUUUCAAGUACAACUACGGCGACAGCGGAAACUGGAGCGGCUCAGAGUGUUGCAGCAGAGGGUUUAGAUGCAUUACCGGUAGCUACGGAAUCCGCGGAGGCUGGAAUUCUGGCUGGAUCUUUGGGCUCUUUAGACGUGGCUGCUAUCCCAGUUUGCGUUCCCAGGUGCACGGCAGAUGAGGCGUUGGCACAGGGUGCUGGACGCGCUGUGGAUCCUGAGGAGGCAGCAAUGCGUGCUGAAGCAGCAGCAAUGAGUGACUUGGUCGGCAGUCUGAAGCAGCAGCUGCAGCAGGUGCUGCAGCAACAGCAGGAGCCUGAGGGACGUCAUUCAGCUAUAGAUGCACUGGGGAAGAUGGAGCAGCGCCUUCGCCUGGCCCUUGAGGCUGUCGACUAUGACGUUGCUGUGUUGCAUCGGGAAGCAGAAGCAACAGCAGCAGCAGCAGUUCCUCCCGUGGGCUCUUCAACAGCAGCACGCUCGAGUCACCAGUCGGACGAUUUCUCGUCGCAGCCGCAGCUGAACCGCGACACGGAGGCCUCUCAGGGGGACGAUGGAGAAAUGGAGGAUGAGGAGGGCUUUAAGAGCAUGGAGUCUAUGGAAGACAGCAGUGCAGCAGCAGCUGCUGCUGCUGUUGCUGCUGCUGCAGCCGCCGCUACUGCAGGUGGAGCUGCAGCAGCGGGUCUGUGGUCUAACCCCUGUAGGGCCCUGCUGCGGGCUGCGCUACAGUCGGCCGGGAGGCAUUUGCCUAAGGGGAGGCGAAGAGGCGCGCGGGGGGGGCCUAGAGAAUGGGGUGAAGCUGCAAGGUACCGUCCCCCUCUGGAUGUCCUAUGCCUUGCUGCGUCUCAGACAAAAGCUGAGUGCAGCCUUACGCCCGAUGAGGCAACAGCAGCAGCCGCUGCCGCCGCUGUUGCAGCUACGGCUGCUGUCGCCAGCGGAUCUGAUGCAGCAGCAGCGGCUGCAGCAGCCGAGGUGCUGCUGCCCCUGAGUGCGGCGGCAGCAGCAGGCGAUGGUGUAAGGAAUAUCCCGUGGCUGCCAGCUGAGGGCCCCAUGGUGGACAGUUUAGCUGCCUCAAACCAUUCUCAGGCAUUCACAGCUGGCCUGCCGUUGCUUCGGGAGAUAUGUCGCAUUGCCACAGUGGAAUUGCGAGUGCCUACGUAUCCCGCAGUCGCUGCUGCUAUAUCUGCGGCUGCAACGGGGUCGAGCUCCACUGCAGCAGCGGCUGCUGCCACAACCGCUGCUGCUAGCGCCAUUGGGAUUGCAGGACUCAGGAGGCUAGGCCUCCCAGGAGAUCAGCAACAGCUUCGAAGGGGCCCCUUAUGGGUGGAACCCCCUCCACCAGACGAAGAGGACGAGGGGCCUCGAGGGCCACCACCAACUCUGGUGUCACCAUCUUGUAAUGAGCAGCUUAUGCUAUUUUUAAGGCGUGAACUCUUUUCUCCAGAUUUGCUGCAGCAGCUAGAGCAACAACCGCUUGGCUGCAGAGCCGAGCUGCUGCUGCCCAGCGGGUACGAGGAAGGAGCACAUGACGGGGGUUCUUCGCCUGCUGCAGCAGCGGCCUUCCAGCGGCCCGAAGAUCAUUUUCAGCCGGUAUUGAGGCUGAGACGACUUCGUACGACCCCCUCGAGGGGCGCCGAGGGGGCAGCAGGGAAUGAGGCGGCAACAGACGCAGCGCAUCACUUAGAAGAAAAUACUGGGAGGCACUGCCAGGGACCUUUGGUGGUGGAUGACGCUUUGGUCUUGAUUAACAAGCAGCAGCAAAAGCAGCAGCAGGCUUUGGAGCAGCUCCUGCAGCAGUUGCGGGAAUUGAGUCAUGGCAUCUCAAUGCAGCAACUCGUUUUACUGGCAGCUAUCGUCGAUUCCAUGAAUCCUGCGGAAGCAGCAGCAGCUGCCGCUGCUGUUGGAGAUUCUGAUGCUGUGGUAUUUUCUGACCAGAACAGGAAGUCGGAUGCACCCGAAGCAGCAGCGGAAGGCACUGCAUGCGAGAAGGACCAGCAGCAACAGCUUCAAAAGCUGCAUGAGUGGCUCUCACUGUUUCCGCAAUUGGGAGUUUCUGCAGGGCGUGCUGUUGCGCUGAUGGCAGCAGCAGGGGAGCAGCAGCACCAACACCAGCAAACAGAAGGAGAGCCAAUAGACAUCCGGCUUACCUUCAGCAGCCUCAUGCCCUUCCCAGACGAGGACCCUGGAGUUGUUGUCUCCUUCUUCCUUCCUCAGAAACGCGUGCCCCAGCAGCCGUGGAAGUGGGACCUGCGAAUUUUGGAGGGUCCAUUUCGCAAGAAUCAGCCGGGCCACCCUUACAGGGGCCCCUUGAGCAUCCAGAAUGUGCGUCGGCGCAUCUCCGAGAGGCAGCAGCGGCUCAGCUUCCUCUUGAGUCAGCAAAAGGUCGUCUGCAAGGCUUUUUAUAAAGCUUGGAGGUGCCAUCGCCGCCAACUGGAGCGUCACCGUCUGGCCGCAGGCGAUCUCUUCGGGUGGGGUGUUCUUCCCGUAAGAGCGGUGGACCAUCCAUCUCUCUUGAUGGCUUUACCAGCGGGUUUCAGACAAGGAAAUCCAAAGGAGCCAUACGAGAAACAGCACAGCAGAGACACAGCAGAAGAAGUAGGCCUGCACGACCGAAACGGGGCGAGGAGACCGGCAGAUGCCACUGGCCGUAGGACCCUUCGUGGCGAGGCAUGUAAUGAUCGUCAGCGGGCUAAGGAGGAGGCCGCAAGUCGUGAGAGCAAACGAGAGUGGAUGCAAGCGAACUUCUCAAAUUUGACGGGGCCGGGAGUCUUCUGGCGAGACUCGUGUCUCUUUUCCCAGGGGCAGAGCCUUCGACAAAGAUUCCAACGGCAGCAAGAGAGCAGCGGCGUGCACCCUGUGGAGCUUCUACAGACAGACCCGGAUUGGGCUAUCUUUGAUUGGGAGAGAGAAUGUGGAUACACCUGCAAUAGUACCAGAGUGUUCGAACCAGUGGAGCAGGAAGCCGAGAGGAAAGCGGUGACGGUUUGGGCGGAAUCUGAGGCGCGUACGUUUGUUGAGAAGUUUCUGAUGUAUCCAAAAAACUUCGAAAAGAUCGCCGCUUGUCUUGAUGGCAAGACUACCAGGGACUGCGUAGAUUUCUAUUACCGAUUCAAGUUUAAGUUCGGGCUUAAGCGACGUCUGCAAGAGCUGGAGGACGGAACACGGGUCAAAAAGAAGAACAGACACAUUGGCUCCAAGCAAAUACGGAGGGAAGAGCUCGUCGCAGAGGCUGUAGCUGGCCUGUCGUCGGACUGUGGGACGAGCAUGAUGCGACGUUUCAACGGUCGCAACUUCCUUCCAUUUGACGUCUUCAGCGACCAUUUGCUGCAUCGCGACGCCUUGCAGACCACUCUCAAGGACCCUCUGAGUUGUCGUGGAGAGGAGUGGGCAGAUGGAGAUAGCGAUGGCCCCGAGAUAUUUGUGGAGAAUAUGAGUGAUGGAUAUUUCUUGCCCGCAACCACAAAGGGCUUUGUAGGGCCAGGGAGAGUCGUUAGCCUUCCGGCGGAUGCGGGGCUGUGGGGGCCAGGGCAUCGGUGUUAUGUACCAUCUUGUUUUCUCAUAGACCAGCCCCAGCAGACCCAACCUGAGGGAGCAGAUACAGAUGCCUCUCCUCCAGCCGCUGGCCCUCCUCCCUCGUUGAAGUUUUCGCAGCUGGAUACACUGCUGACCUGUAUACAAGCGGCCUCUCGGAAGCACUCUCAACAGGAUGACGAGGGUCCUUCGUACAUGACGCGGUCGAGGGCUGCCCGUUCGCGGCCAGGGGCCCCAGUGGCAACGGCUGGUGGUCAGGCACCCCAACAGAUGGGAUCGAGCAGUGUGCGACUAGUGGGGGCUGGCGGAGGCCACAGCGGUGCGGGGGCACCCAUGGGACCCGGUCAGUUGUCUCCGAGGGCGAGGGCAAUAGAUUUACUACUCCAAAGGCUAAAAGGAAUUGUGCGGGCGAUGCAGCACAACGCUAGGCUGGCAUCCAGGGAGCGGCGGCGGAGCCAGGCGGAUGAGCCAGCGAAUGCAGUGGGUGACCCUGGCAUGCCGAGCAGCCCCAUCACCCCCUUAAAGCUCACUUCAGAUGAGGGCUUGCCACCGACCCCAGAUUGA